AUGGGCUAUUCAAAGGAACAACUUCUUGCACGGAAAAGUAUGUUGGAAAAUUUAGGUGGUGGGCUGAGUAAAAAUUUAUUUUUGAAGGAUAAGAAACAUAGAUUUUAUAUCAUUUCUGCUUUAGUCAACACCAACGUAGAUAUAAAAGUGUUAUCUCAGCGGCUUGGUUUUGGAAAAGGAGGUCUCAGAAUGGCACCUGCGGAGGCUUUAAUGGAAAUGCUUCAGGCUAAUCCUACAGUGAGCAAAGAUCAACCUCCUGAUCUAGCCGCACUCGUUCCAUCCAGCUUCAUAGUUAUGCCACACCAGUCCGAACUACAACCUUCAUCACAAGCUCCUGCAGAUGGAAACCAUGCUUCUGUCGAGAUUAAGUCCCAGAUAGUUUCAGAACAAGUUUUCAAACCAUCCGUUAGUAAGAAAGUUACAAAGGAGAAAACAGUCGUCAACAUUGGUCAUUCAUCAAGCUCCUUUGCAGAUGUUGGGCCAUUAGUUGAAGAAAUAUUGCAUAAAACAUCAGAGUUAUUGCUUUCAGAGAUCAAGGAAGACACUGUAAAACAACAUGGAGAGCAUCUAGGCACUGGAGUGUCUGACAAUUUACGGAAAGUUCUCAUCUCAGAUUUGAAAAACCUUGCUAUGAUAUUUAAUAACUUAGCAUACACAGAAGGGUUCCAUGCUGGUAUUUGUUGGUGCACAAGGAAGAUUUGUUGGUGUACAAGGAAGAGAUAA